AGUCAGUCGACAGCUACUCCGCAGGUGCCGAACAGUCGCCCCGCCGCUGCCCCAGAACGCCCAGAGCAUUCCUACAAGUGGCAGUGGCGACGCCUUGGCUCCUCCCUCUCUCCUCGCUCAUCUCGCUCAUCUCGCUGCCGCAUUGCGCCUCACGCCCGCAUGCCCGAACAGGCGUGAAUCGAAUCUACGCACUGACCGCCUCGCACCGCGAUAGCGUCGACAUGUCCUCAUCUCCAUCCUCCAUUCUCUCUCACUCCUUGACCAUGCUCCUCCUCCCCACCCUCGUCCUCGCCCUCGGCGUGCGCGCACAGCUCACCGACCUCCCGUUCGCGACGACGGACGACAGCCCCCUCCCGCCCCUUUCGGCCGUCAGUGUCCGCUCGUCCGCCCCCGUCCUCUCCGCCUCCGCCUCCGCCUCAGUCUCCAUCUCGCGCCCCUCCGUUCCCUCCGUCGCCUCCGUCGCCUCCAUCGCCUCCCCCUCCCCCUCCGCCGUCCGCUCCGCGCUCACCUCCAUCUCCUCCAAGACGACAGCCCAAGUUGUGACGAUCACCGCGACGGCGUCCGCCGCACCAGCCAACAGCGCCCGCAUCCGCGGCGGGGACGUCGCCGCCAUCGUCCUCGGCAUCAUCUGCGUUCUCGAAGCCGUAGUCAUCGCCGUCCUCGCGCUCCGCACGCGCAACCUCGCCCGCCGCUCCACACGCCUCGCGCGCACGCUGCGCGACCUGCCCCCGCCCCCGCCCCCGCCCCUCAUCAAGCCCAUGAACGUCGUGCACGUCGCCCCGCCGCCUAUUGUGCGCAAGGUGUCGCGUAAAGCGCCGCCGAAGUACGAGGAGGGGGACGGUGUGUAGCGGCAUACGACAGUGUGCAGAAGACAGAAGUCAGAAGGAAGACGACAAGGACAAGGUCGGAAGGAGAUCGCCGCGGUGCUAGACACUGCUAAGCUGUGCACGGCACCACUGUCAUUACUUUGUAACAUGGAUCGUUGUAUGCGGGUUCGCGAGAUGGAGCCUAAAGUGGGAAGCUCG